AUUGUCACUGGUUUUCGGUUACAAUAAGAGCUCACUGAGACACGAAGCGCCGAGCUUAUAUGAAGAGCGAACUUCUAGUAGCAACUCUCACACCACUCAACACCUAUCAUGCCUUCUCCUCCGUAUGCUGCUCAAGGAAGGCAGCCUAGCCCAGAAGAACAUCACCAGCGCACUCUUGUCCGCAUUGGCCAAAUUCAAUCGCACCUCUCGAACUCUCCGCGCGGACAGCGACUCAAAGGUAAAACAUGCAUCAUUACCGGUGUUGGAUCUUUACAUGGCAUAGGCCGUGCUUCUGCGCUCUUGUUCGCACAUGAAGGAGCGACUCAUCUAUACUUGCUCGAUUUCUCGCCAGAGAACCUGCCUGAACUCAAGUCGACGAUUGAGAAUUCAUAUCCGGACGUGAAGGUAACCACAAUUCAAGCCGACGCAGCGAAUGAAACUGCCAUAGCAGAUGUCUGCGAACAAGCAUUGCAAGAUGAAGGUCGAUUGGAUAUAUUCUUUGCAAACGCUGGUUUUGCAAGUAACAAGGCGCUUCCCGAUAUAACCGCAGAAGGUUUCAUGGAAAGCAUGCGAAUCAAUGCAUUGUCGUGCUUCCUUGCCGUCAAGUACGGUUCUAACGCGAUGAUGAAGACUAAUUCGUCGAGAGGUAAAGAUCUCAGUAGCGGAAGCAUCAUCUUGACUGCAUCUGUGGCAGGACUGAGGUCCGGGGCAGGGACCAUAGACUAUAGCGCAAGCAAAGCGGCUGUGAACUCGAUCGCGAAGACAAGCGUGUAUCAACUUCAGAAGACUGACAUUCGCGUAAACGCAAUCUGCCCGGGCCUGAUCGAGACAAAUAUGACCAAGGACAUGUUUGACUCUGCUCGUCAACGAGGCAGGGAGAGUAAGAUUGGUCAAUUAAACCCAAUGGGUCGGUUCGGCGUUGCCCAAGAAAUUGCUCGAAUGACUUUGUUUUUGGCUUCGGAUGAAUCGAGUUAUGUCAAUGGACAGAACAUUGCGGUUGACGGGGGACUUUCGUCAUCGCACCCUGUUGUCCCAGGACGGUGGGCCUGAUGCCGCCGGACAAUCUCAGACAUCUUCAUGAGAUCUCUCAUUUUUUUGUCAUAGAUUUUGUACUUAAUACUGAUUGAAUCACUACCAUGCUUUAUGAAGUUUUGACACC